UGCUCCCGCGGCUUCUCUCUCUGGGUCGCCGCCAUCUUGUCAUUGAGUUGGAUACUUCGUGUGGUGAUCUUUAAUCUUGUCGUCGCACCGGUUGUCGCCACCGAGGUGGACUGGCAGCCCUGAGCGUCGCAGUCAUGCAGGCCGGACCCGUGCAGGCGGUACCCCCGCCGCCGCCAGUAGCCACUGAGUCCAAACAGCCAAUUGAAGAAGAAGCAUCGUCAAAGGAGGAUCCCACCCCUUCCAAGCCAGUGGUCGGCAUUAUUUACCCUCCCCCGGAGGUCAGGAACAUCGUCGACAAGACUGCCAGUUUUGUGGCCAGAAAUGGGCCUGAAUUUGAAGCUAGGAUUCGACAGAAUGAGAUCAACAACCCCAAGUUCAAUUUCUUAAAUCCCAAUGACCCUUACCAUGCCUACUACCGCCACAAGGUCAGCGAGUUCAAGGAGGGGAAGGCUCAGGAGCCCUCAGCUGCCAUCCCCAAGGUUAUGCAGCAGCAGCAGCAAGCUACGCAACAGCAGCUGCCCCAGAAGGUCCAAGCCCAGGUGAUCCAAGAGACCAUAGUACCGAAGGAGCCCCCUCCUGAGUUUGAGUUCAUCGCUGAUCCCCCCUCCAUCUCAGCCUUCGACCUGGAUGUAGUGAAGCUGACAGCUCAGUUUGUGGCCAGGAAUGGGCGUCAGUUUCUGACCCAGCUGAUGCAGAAAGAGCAGCGCAACUACCAGUUUGACUUUCUCCGACCCCAGCACAGCCUCUUCAACUACUUCACAAAGCUGGUGGAGCAGUAUACCAAGAUCUUGAUUCCACCCAAAGGCUUAUUUUCAAAGCUCAAGAAAGAGGCUGAAAAUCCUCGAGAAGUUUUGGACCAGGUUUGUUACCGAGUAGAAUGGGCCAAAUUUCAGGAACGUGAGAGGAAGAAGGAAGAAGAGGAGAAAGAGAAGGAGCGAGUAGCUUAUGCUCAGAUUGACUGGCAUGAUUUUGUGGUGGUGGAGACAGUGGAUUUUCAACCCAAUGAGCAAGGAAACUUUCCACCCCCAACAACACCAGAGGAACUGGGAGCUCGGAUCCUCAUUCAGGAGCGCUACGAGAAGUUUGGGGAGAGCGAGGAAGUGGAGAUGGAGGUUGAGUCAGAUGAGGAAGAUCAGGAGAAGGCCGAGGAGACUCCUUCCCAGCUGGACCAGGAUACUCAAGUACAGGACAUGGAUGAGGGUUCAGAUGAUGAAGAAGAAGGGCAGAAAGUGCCUCCACCCCCAGAGACACCCAUGCCUCCACCUCUGCCCCCAACACCAGACCAAGUCAUUGUGCGGAAGGACUAUGAUCCCAAAGCUUCCAAGCCCCUCCCUCCAGCCCCUGCUCCCGAUGAGUAUCUUGUAUCCCCCAUCACUGGGGAGAAGAUUCCUGCCAGCAAAAUGCAGGAGCACAUGCGCAUUGGGCUUCUUGACCCCCGCUGGCUGGAGCAGCGGGACCGCUCCAUCCGAGAGAAGCAGAGUGAUGAUGAGGUUUAUGCACCAGGUCUGGAUAUUGAGAGCAGCUUAAAGCAGUUGGCUGAGCGACGUACUGACAUCUUUGGGGUAGAAGAGACAGCCAUUGGUAAGAAGAUUGGUGAAGAGGAGAUCCAGAAGCCAGAGGAGAAGGUGACUUGGGAUGGCCAUUCAGGCAGCAUGGCCCGGACCCAGCAGGCUGCCCAGGCCAACAUCACCCUCCAGGAGCAGAUUGAGGCCAUCCAUAAGGCCAAGGGCCUGGUGCCGGAAGAUGACACUAAGGAGAAGAUUGGCCCCAGCAAGCCCAAUGAAAUCCCUCAGCAGCCACCACCUCCAUCUUCAGCCACCAAUAUCCCCAGCUCAGCACCCCCCAUUACAUCAGUGCCCCGGCCACCUGCGAUGCCACCUCCAGUCCGCACCACUGUUGUAUCUGCAGUACCUGUCAUGCCUCGGCCACCCAUGGCAUCUGUGGUCCGGCUGCCCCCAGGCUCAGUGAUUGCCCCCAUGCCACCCAUCAUCCACGCACCCAGGAUCAAUGUGGUACCUAUGCCUCCUGCAGCACCUCCCAUCAUGGCGCCCCGCCCACCUCCCAUGAUUGUGCCAACAGCCUUUGUGCCUGCCCCACCUGUGGCUCCAGUCCCAGCCCCAGCUCCAAUGCCUCCUGUACACCCCCCACCUCCUAUGGAGGAUGAGCCUCCAUCCAAGAAACUAAAGACCGAGGACAGUCUCAUGCCUGAGGAAGAAUUCCUGCGCAGGAACAAGGGUCCAGUAUCCAUCAAAGUGCAGGUACCCAACAUGCAGGAUAAGACGGAAUGGAAGCUGAAUGGUCAGGGGCUGGUCUUCACUCUCCCACUCACAGACCAGGUCUCUGUCAUCAAAGUGAAGAUUCAUGAAGCCACGGGCAUGCCUGCGGGGAAACAGAAACUACAGUAUGAAGGCAUCUUCAUCAAGGAUUCCAACUCCCUGGCUUACUACAACAUGGCCAGUGGUGCUGUCAUCCACUUGGCCCUCAAGGAGAGAGGCGGCAGGAAGAAGUAGCAAGAGAUACUGCAAUUGAAACCUUGCCAUUGUACCUCUUUGCACCACCAAUUCCAGGAGUGUCCCUGGGGCCUCAGGCACAGCCUGGGCAUUUGUUUCCCUCAAAGCCAGUCUACGGAAUGAAUAUCUUGUUUCAAUUCUGGAUUGGAGGUCCUUCAAGGAAGUCCAUUAGAAGUUGAAUACCCAGGGUUGUCCCACAGGACAGUUUCACACUAUCGAGUGAUGCUUAGUUAAUAGAAUAUGGUUAAUGCCAUUCAUCAUUUUGUAUCAUGCUUUGGUUUCUUGAAGCCAGGCAUAGUACAUGCAUGCCUGUGAUCCUGGGACUUGGGAUGUGUGGGCAGAAGAAUUAAAUGUUCAAUGUUCACCUCGGCUGUAUAGCUUGAGGCCAGACUGGGCUGUGUGAGAUACUGUGUUUUGGUUUUUUGUUGUUGUUGUUGUUUUUGGUGGGUUUUUUUUUUGUUUUUAAUUAAAAACCGAACACUUCUUGGACCUUCAUGGAAGCAGUUUGUCCCUGCCAUCCACAGACUGGCUUAGAAAGCUCUGCCAUUCUUACCUAUGCAGGGAUAGCUAGUGCACAACAACUCUCCUAAGGACAAGGGUGAAAUUCCAAGUCAAUUAAUAGGGAAACAAAUGGAUCGCUGAGCUUUGGGGUCUCUGCAGUCUUGAUGCUUAUAAUAUGUUUUUGCUGCCAUCGUGCCUUUCAAGUACUUCUAAAGCAUCGUGGCUGGGGAGAUGCCUUGGUGAGUACAGUGCUUACGGUGCAAGAACUGAUGUAAGAGCCACUAGAACAAGCCACUGCUACCCUGUGCACUAGGAGACAAGACAGGCAGAGUCAUCCUAGCAGGCCAGUGAAUGAGAAAGACCUGGAAGGCAAGGGUGAACACCUAUGGCUGUCUUCUGGUCUCCAUGUGUUUGCCGCAGCAUGGCUUUAUAGAGAUACGCACGUUCUAUAUUUGUACGUUUUAUAUUUGUAAAGCUUCAGGACCCUCCACCAUGCAGUAGCCAUAGAACAAGGAUCAGUAGCUUUUUCCAUACCUCAAAUCGCCCAUCACUUGAUAGGCAUAGCAGUUUUAGUGGUUUGCUCUAGGGUGGGCAAAGGCCGUUCAUUACUAUGUGUGUGGUUAAUUAUGCCAAAUCCACAUACUGACCUAAGGGCCUUGUAUCUAGUUUACUACUACUGUGUUGUAUUUGGUAUUUUUGUUUUUCUUUGGUUUUGUUAUAGCUCCACUGGAACUUGCUAUAUAGGUUAGGCUGGUUUUGAACACAUUGAGGUCAGCCUGCUUCUGCCUCCCAAGUGCUGGAAUUAAAGGCAUGGACCGGCAAGCUUGACACUGCUUCCUGUUGAAGCACUUGUGUAGCACCUGUGGAGUCCUUGUGUGAUUAUUCUUGUUCGAGGUACUUAGGGCAAGUCACAUGCCCUCCAUCCCAUGGCUCAGAGAUGAAGAGUAAAUCCAAAACAUGUGCCUCGCUCUUGGUCACUAACUGCUGUCCUGAUGUGGGUUAUUAUUUUUGGAGUUGUGGUCUUGUGGAGGCAUGGGUGGUGUUGCUGUGUGUAUUCAGAGGGAGGGGAGAGUGGAGAGUGUGUUGAUAAGCUGUAAACAAAGCUGGUUUCUUUUUGGAGGACUGCAUGUGCUGAAAGCUUCAGAGUUCCCAGUCCAGAAGCAGUAUUCUAACUCCCAGCCCCUCCACCUUUUCCUUUCUCAGCCGAGGCCUCUACAGCACCAGUCACUUGGCUCCAUUACACAUUGUUAGGCGCACAUUUAAGAUCAUUGAUGUCAUGCUAGUCUGUACCCCUGUGUGACUUGGCCUAGGAACUAGUGCAAAAUUUGGUUUGUUGGUGUGCUUUUCUGGUUUAGGAGCCUGAAACAAGCACACUGUGCUAGAGACUAGUUGGGUAGCACCAGAAAUCCCCUGGAGGGAUUUCCAGGAGGAGGAGGGGGUACUGUUGUAUGGGAGGAGCAUCAGGAAGUCUCAGAGAAUCCAUGCCUAAGAGCUCCUUUUUGGUAUUAAGGACAUGGCAUUAUGUCAGGGCAUAUGCCUCUAUAGAUUGGCAAACCCCACAGUGCCUCUAUGGCUGAGGCUGUGACAUGAGACCAAGAAUGUGACUGGGUAGAAUGCAAGUGAAUGGGCCCUUUGAUCCAGGCUCGGGAGCUAACAGUUCCCAGAAUUCCUGAAUGAGUGCCUGUCCUGACUCACAUUCACUUGGAGGCUCAUUGACCACAGAGCCUUGUGACCUUUGGUGGCCACAGACCAAGAUUGUUUUCUAGCACUGCAUGUCCUACAGUCUUGUAAGUUUAAAAAGUGCUUAUCCAAAUGUAAGUUUUAACAUUUUUAUAAAAAUAAGUUGUUCUAUUAAAAAAUAAGUAUCAUUUUUAUAUGUAUUAUGUAUAAAUUACUUUGGUCAUA